AUGCUGAGUUCACGUUCAUUCGAAACUUUUUUUCUUAAUAUAACAAUCGAAUCUGAAAUUGGCAAUGAGUUGUCUGCAAAAGAGAGCAGUUGUAUGCUAAAAGAAUGGCCACUCAUUAUAAGUGGGCCGAUUGUCUCUCAAGUUCGCAAUGAAAGAGAUGUCUUGAAGCCUAGGCUCCUAUUCGGUCUUAAUGCUGUUUCUUUACGAACAGAUUUUUGUCCAGUGGCCCGCAAAAAUAACGCAGUCUAG